AUGAAUCGUAGUUUGAGGCAUGCGGGAGGAUUCAUGAUACCGUGUUCCAACAUAGACAAUGUUCUUGUCCUUGAUGAUUCCUUUCUCACAAAUAGCUUGUUGUCUUCUUCAUCAAGAACAAGACUUGUGAAUCAUCGUCCAAAUGUUUCUGCUGCUUCUUUGAAUCAUAUUAAUGGAGGAGGCAUGAUGCUAGAUGAUCAUAUUCUUCUAUUUGAUCAUUCUUCUCUCGGCAGAAACAAUAUGGGUCACCACUUUCCUUUUGAAUUGAGUCACGCUACUCAUCAAAAUUCUACUCGACAACAUCAUGAAACAACAACAACAUGGUCUUCUGAAGCAGAAUCAAUGUGCUGUAUUUGUCUCAAUGAGUUGUCCAAUGGUUCGAGCGUAGUUCAGAUGCCACAACACUGCUGCUCACAUGUGUUUCACAAAGAUUGUAUUCGGAAGUGGAUUGGUGUUCGAAGCACAUGCCCUUUGUGUCGAAGGAAUGUGUACUGA